AUGAUUAGCACUCGACAGUUCCGAAUGUUUGAGGAAGUCCCUCAUCAACAUCAGUGUCAGGAAUCGGAACGGUCAGUCCCCUCGUCUCAGUUAAGUUUUGAUGGUGAAGAUGACGAUGACGAUGGAAGUAAAUCUCUUGAUGCUGAAACUGAACGACUGGAGUUGGAACGCUUGGCUAAAGAGCAAUUGGAAAAGGCUAGAGUCUCAUCCGUUGUAUUUGCUGUCCGAACGAAUGUCAGCUUCGAUGGUUCUGCAUGUGUUGAUUGUCCGUUACCUGGACAUGUCGUCAGCUUUCAGCUUAAAGACUUCCUCCACAUCAAAGAGAAAUUUAACAACGAGUGGUGGAUAGGUCGAUUGGUGAAGGAGAAUUCAGAUGUGGGAUUUAUCCCCUCCCCGGCAAAGCUGGAAUACCUCCGAACUCGAACACGACCCUCCAAAUCUCUCAGCAAAGGGACUUUUGACUCCUCCUCACUUCCACGCACUUCUGCUUCCAGAGCUUCAACACCCCCAGGUGACACUGAUGGCGAAGGUCGUGGGGAUGAGAAUGAGCAGACCUCACGCGCCAAAAGUGUCAGCAAUUCCAAGGCUGGUAGAAAGGCCUUUUUCAAGAAGACUGACAAUAUUCCGCCCUACGAAGUGGUCCCUACAAUGCGUCCGGUUGUACUCAUCGGACCCUCUUUGAAAGGCUACGAAGUGACAGAUAUGAUGCAAAAGGCGUUGUUUGACUUCCUGAAGCAUCGAUUUGAGGGCAGAAUAAUCAUAACACGGGUCACUGCUGACAUCUCUUUGGCUAAACGCUCACUUCUCAACAACCCAACUCGGCGAGCCAUCAUGGAUAAGGCAUCAACACGGAAUCAAUCAUUUGAGGUGCAGCAGGAAAUUGAGCGCAUUUUUGAUUUGGCACGCACGCAACAAUUGGUGGUGCUCGACUGCGACACCAUCAAUCAUCCCAGUCAAUUGGCGAAGACGUCGUUGGCACCAGUGAAUGUCUACGUGAAAGUCUCCUCCACCAAGGUUCUCCAACGCCUCAUCAAGACCCGCGGUAAAUCGCAAUCCCGUAACAUGAAUGUCCAAAUGGUCGCGGCGGAAAAACUGCUCCAAUGUACCAAUGACCAAUUUGAUGUCAUUCUGGAGGAGAAUCAACUUCAAGACGCUUGUGAACAUCUCGCGGAGUAUCUGGAAGCCUACUGGCGUGCCAGCCAUCCAGCCAUUGGCAACACCGCCAAAGCCGAACGUGUACUCGGUAUCAGUGGUCAGGUGAGCACUACGUCGGUUCCUGCGACUGAGAAAGCGCGCUCUCCAGCACCGGAGGAUCGGGUUAGUCUUCUCUCACCACUGUCAGAAGAUGCUUCGGAGGCUAGAGAACCGGCGUCGAUUCAAGAAAGGGUGCCAUCAAGAUGGCAGAGGCAGCUUGGUAGGAGUGAAUACGAUGGAAGGUGGGAGGAGAAAAGGAGUGAAAUGCGAGGAGAUGAGGAGGAAGAAGUGGAUGAGGAGGAGGAAGAGGAGGUAAUGGAUGUGGAAGACCUUGCAGAAGAGGAAGUUGACGAAGAAGAAGAGGAGGAGGGGGACGAGUACUUGAACUCAUCUGAGUACGAUGAAGAGGCACCUCAAAUGACUGGCUAUUAUCAGGGCGGCUACCAGCCUGCAGGUCAAGGCCCCCACAAACUGCCGCCGAUUCACCGGCGCCAGAUGAUUUCCCCUUCAACGCACAUGCGUGCUGGUGAUGGUGGUGGCUCGAGGUACCAACAACUAUAUCAGCCACAAAAUUAUCCACACCAGCGCCAAGAGUACCGAGCACAACAGAGGCGUGCGGUGCCUUCAAAUGAGCUCUAUUGGGAGGAGCAAGAAGGGGACGUUGGCUACUCGGAUGAGGAUGAGAAGAUGUCCUUCCGUGGGCAUUAUUAA